CAGCCCCAGGUGUUGUCAUCCGCCGCAUUCCAAAUUAUUAUCAAAAAUUAUAGUUAUUAAAAAUCGAAGAUAACUAACUAUAUUUAAUUUAUUUGAUAUAUUAUUAGGAAAACACUUCGGAGCUAUAGAUAAGAGCGAGUGCAAGGCACAUAUCAAUCAAUUGAUAGGAAGCAGUUCGCUUUGAUACAUAAAAACAAAUAGUUUAAUUAAACAUCUGUGAAAAUGUUGCAAAACUUCUUUGAUUUCUGUAAUUACUGGUGGUUUCGAUAUUUAAUGGUUACCGAAUUGUAUAUGGUAGAGAAAUGGGAACGUGUUACAAUACAUGUUUUAAUGGCAAUACUCUUCUGCCUAUUUUGGUAUUUUAAUUACUCGGUGCUGUUAUCAUUUACGGGUAAUUUGCUGGGAAUAACCUCAACAUCAACUAGUCUUGAUGAACAAUCAAGUGUUCAAUAGUACAAAAGUUUGUUUUAGAAACGCAUAAAAUAUUUCUUAGUUCGUAGCAUCGAUAAACGCUUUUCAACUUCCUUCUACAAGUUCCUCCGCUUAUUGACAAAUCAACUGAUUUAAAAGUUUAUGUUUUUCGUCAGAAACCUACUUGUUAUGCAUAAUAAUUGAUUAUAAAGUGCUGGCAAGGAAAAAUAAUAUAAAUAUUUAAAUAGUGUACGAAUGUAAAUUAACAAAGCAAUAAGUUAGCAUAUAAAAUAUAUGUAUAUGUAUUUGAAAUCACACUUAUUUAAUUAACAUUUUAAAAACUCAUUCAUUUGGUAUGCAAACAAAUACAAAAAUUUGAAGUAUUUAUUCUAUAUGCAGUAUAUACUUUCAGUCUAGCACUUUUAUGUAUAAUUAGCUUUAAAGCGUUAUAACGAACAAAUAAUCACUGUUUUUACAUAUAUAUUUUUUUAUUAAUUAAAACUUUAUA